AUGACUACCCCUCCUCCGCGUGUUCUUGUCUUUGGCACCGGUAGUGUCGGCGCCGUCUAUGCCUGGAUGCUCUUCCGCGCCGUCGGCUCAGACAACCUAUACACAGUAUGCCGGUCGAACUAUGCGGUGGCCUCGACGGCGGGCUUCACCAUUAACUCGACCAUCUUCGGGGACGGCCUCAACUUCAAACCCCAAGUGGUGCGGACGGUGGACGAGGCUGUUUCCCUCUCCGGGGGAAAACCAUUCGACUACAUUGUCGUCACGGCCAAAGCCAUUCAAACGACUCCCUCAAUGCCAGAACAACUCCGCCCGGCCAUCUCGCCUGGGCACACGACCAUCGCAUUGAUCCAAAACGGCAUCGCCAUCGAAGAACCCUACCGGACUCUCUACCCAGACAACCCUUUACUGAGCUGCGUGGUGUACCUGCCCGCCACGCAAAUCGCUCCCGCGGUGAUUUCCCACCGCGAGAUUCAGCUCUUGCACAUUGGGAGCUACCCGUCCAAUGCACCACCCGAGCACCAAGCCGCGGCAGAGUCGUUCGCCCGACUCCUCAACGCCGGCGGAGGUGAAACGAAAGUACACCGGGACGUGCAAACGCAGCGCUGGAGCAAGCUCAUGGUCAACGCGGCCUGGAACCCCGUGUGCGCGCUCUCCCGCUCCCGCGACGCGCAGUUCCUCCAUUCCUCACCACCAGAAUACUCGCUGAACCUGAUCAAGUCGCUCAUGACCGAGAUCACCGCCAUCGCCCAGUCGCUGGGCUACCACAACGUCAACACAGACACGAUAGACUUUCAGAUCAACCGUGUUAAAGUCAGAGAUCCGCCCGGGAUCGAACCCUCCAUGCUCGCGGACGCCAAAGUCGGCGCGAGGAUGGAGGUCGACGCCAUCGUCGGCAACGCCGUCCGGUUGGCGGAGGAAAGGGGAUUGAAAACGCCUCUGCUGAGGGCUAUCUACGCCCUGGUCAAAGCGUUGGAUGCCAGUUUCGACAGGGAGCGCGAAAAGAAAGUCCAGGUCAUCAACGGCAAAGGGAAGCUGGAGGAACAGUCCAGGAUCUGA